ACCGACCACCAGAUAGAAAACACACUCGGACAGACUCACCAACAUUCACGCAAACACCAGCCGUGAGCUCCAUAGAAGCUCUCACAGCCAGGGCACUCCCGUCAAGUAAGCACGUUACCCACGACUCAUCGGCCCGUCCGUUUUGAGCCGGGAUGCGUUGGUUUUCCUUCCAGAAUCUCCUUUCUAAGGCUGCAUGGUUCUCCCCGCCGCCACCGGCCGCCUGGCUGACUGACGACGGACUGAUGUUACACUCCCUGCUGCCGGGUUGCGUUUUGGAUUUCUAUGCCAUUUUCCCUUUCUGUCUUUUAUGCUUAUGCUGUUGCGCUGUUUUCCAUCCUGGCUGGCAUGGCUGGAUGCAUCAGAGCAUGGAUCGGACGGAGAAGAGUUUCAUUCACUCAUUCGUUCGUUCGUUGGUCGAUCGCAAUGCGAUUCUCGGUCGGAAUCUAUACACACACGUCGUAGUAGUAGAGCCGGGAGGAUUGGCACACUCUGGCCGACGAGCGUUUGUCGGGGGGUUUUCAUACAGAACAGAUUAGCAACAGCAGAAGGUACUACAUCAACGGCGCGGAAUUGUGUUUGAUGUGUGUUGUUGCUUUGGCUCUCGUCGGUGUGCUCAACUGGCUCGGUGUGCUGCACCGUUGUUCGUACGAAACGCGCGGUAUUUCACUGAACAGCAGCGACCGACCUUCCGAUCCAACUUGCAAGGGAGGAGAGUGUGCUGUGCGCCCGCGUUUGUUGUGAGUUGUGUUUUUUCAAGGGAUUUUUCAUUAGAGAAGCUUAGUAUUUGCAUGACACUCGGGUAAAUAAGACAUAGCGAAUAAGCCACGCGCGCGACAAUGGAAAUCGCCAUUUUUCGCGGGUGUCGUGUGUGCAGUGUGAAACAAUUUGCGUGAAUUUGGUUCAAUCAGUAUUUGUUCAGUGUUCUAUGGCAUCAACUUGGAAUUUAAUCAAGAAUGUGCUAAUGAGCAUGUUUCAAUCUAAGUAGCCCGAUCGGUCGUUGUUUACAUAUGACCGCGACAAACGUGCGUGUUGGUUAACCGCUCGAAGAAGACCGUGACCGUGAUUAGCGUGAAAUAAUCUCAAAGAAUUACAACUGAUUAGGAGUUUCUACGGUAGCAUCAAGCCGUUUUGUAUUGUUACCUUCCGGCAGAAGAAGUCCCGCAGUGAAGUAGUAGAAAGUGUUUCCUAAUUAUGUGUCUUCAGGUUGGUGAAUCCCUUUCCGUAGUGUGACACAAGUUGAGCGGCGCGCGAAGAAAAUCAGCGCCAGCGUGCAACAAGAGGGCAGAAAACAGUGAGAAUCGAAGGCAAAAAAUUGUAAGAUUUAUGAUUCGAUUGCAAUCGUCGUACAGAAAACCGAGGAAAAGGCGACGCAAGAAAAAAAGAGAUAAUUUAUUAGUAUUGGAUUCAAAUUCAAAUAAAAAACGAAAGCAAAGAAUAGAAAGGAAACCAUACUGGUGACGACCGCAGAAGAUGGUUCUCUAGAGAAAGUGAGAGUGGUUUCGGAGAAGCAUAAAGUAUUGGCUUUCAAUUAGAGAAGCGAUGCGUUGCGGAAGGAAGUGUUAAACGAGCUCAUCGAACUGGGAAGAAAGGAUAACCCUUCAACCGACCAGAACCGUACUGAUAUCAUACUGGCCCAGCAUCGAUGAAUCGUGAUCCAACUUGAGAGCAGCUUUUUCUUAGUUUGGUUUCAACGGCAUUUUGUCUUUUGGAUUAAUCACAGCAAACACCACCGAUCAUCAUCCAUCCCCGAUACAACUCCAUCUGCUGGCUAGAGGAUACCUAAGUGUGUAUAAGUGUGCACGUGUAUUUGUGUGCGUCGUAUGUGAGCAAGUUUUCAAUUGCGCUUCGUUUGAGUCAGUGCAUACGAUUUGUUGUGUUUUGCCAUAAAAAUUACAGUGAAAGCAAAAGUUGCUCGAAGCAUCCUAGUAUUCAUCACCACGUUGUAUAAAAUAUCAUCCUCACGAAAAAUUCACGCAUGCCAGGCAUAAAUCGUCAAGAGAAAAGUCAAUACACAAUAAGAAAAGCUUUUGUGAUAGUUUUACAAAUUAAGUCUACUACCUAGGUAAGGAAAUAGUAAAAGUAUUAAGUGAAAGUGUGAAAUUUGAAACGGUACCAGUGAAGCAACCACCGUCAUACGACCACGUAUUAUCCAAGUUGUAUUAAAAUUCAUGGAUUUGACACGAUAUUCAUCGAUCGCAUACGAGACAGAUGAUUGAUCACUAAUCUCCUCGAUAGAUCUGGAGCUGAGUGUUGAUUUUGGAGCAUCCUUGUCAGCUUUUCAAGCAACAAUUCUGCAAACCGAUAGCUAAGCUUAAGCGCCCAAACCAAACCUUUCAAAAUGACAAUGAGUACAAAUAAUUGUGAAAGUAUGACGUCAUACUUUACAAAUUCCUAUAUGAAUUCAGACAUGCACGGCCAUUACCCUGGGACUGGAGUGGAUGGUUUGGAUACGAGUCAACAGAUGUACCACCACAGUCAGAGCCACGCCAGCCAGGGAAACAUGCCUCCGUAUCCACGCUUUCCGCCCUACGACCGGAUGGGGUACUAUCAGCAAAAUAUGGAUCCUGCCGGAUACGCGCGAGCCGAUAGCCCUUCGAGUCAGGUGGGUGGAGUGAUACCUCAGCAAACGAAUGGCAAUCCCUUACAGCAAACGCAAGUACAACCUCAACAGCAGCAACCGAUUGUUUACGCUAGCUGUAAAUUGCAGGCCGCGGUAGGUAAUGGCCCAAACGGUCUAGGAACCUACGGUGCUGAAAAUGGAUCCCCUCCGUUAGAGCAGAUGGGCCAUCAUAUGAACACCGCACAAAUGACAAUACCUCAGCAUCACAUGGGACACGCACAGGGUCAGGAUUGUUUUCCCCCCGAUCAGGUGCACCAGAAUCCACAGCACAUGGGCAUGUACACUAAUACGGGUGGUGGUCCUCCCGGCGUUGUACCACAGCAACCACCAAAUAUGAUGCACCAACAACCUCCACAGCUUCACCAAGGACAGCAACCACCGCCAAACAGUCAAAAUUCCAACUCGGGCCUUCAGUCGCCACUCUACCCAUGGAUGAGGAGUCAGUUCGAACGAAAACGUGGUCGCCAGACGUACACCCGAUACCAAACGCUGGAGCUGGAGAAGGAGUUUCACUUCAAUCGCUACCUUACCAGGCGGCGGAGGAUCGAGAUCGCACAUGCCCUGUGUCUGACGGAGCGCCAAAUCAAAAUCUGGUUCCAGAAUCGGCGAAUGAAGUGGAAAAAGGAAAACAAGACCAAGGGCGAACCGGGAUCGGGUGACGAGAACGACAUGACACCACCGCAGUCCCCGGCGUAAAUCGGUGUACUCUCGGUGUCCAUCUACCGGCCAACAUAGCUUGAAUGAAUGAUGUUAGUGACUUUUGUAAUAUUGAAUUUUCUUCUUCGGUUUAGUAGAAUCACUACACAGUCCAAGUUUUUAAUUUCAUAACAAAAAUUCACCGAAUUUGUUUCGAUACUACAGGUUUUGUACAUUUCAAUUGCAGACCUACGAAUAAAAGCAUAAAGAUUUUGGAAAACAAAAUUUGUUAUACCCAUUGAGCGUACUUUAUUAUCAAAAACAAAAAUAAAAAACAAAAUACCUUCGUAGUGGACAGUUUGCUGCAGACACAACCCAAUGGUAAAUAAUUUAUUACGCUAGCAAAACGAAAAAAAAGCAAACAACUCAUGUGACCUCAAAACUAAUGUUAAUUUAGAAAUACAUGAUCCAAGAAUUCAAAAAUCUGAUAGCAGAUUGAUGGAAACAGAAAGUAAGUAAAAAUGUGCAAUGCGAGAAAAAUCUUUUAUCCAUUUUAGAUAAAAGGGAAACUAUUUGUGGAAGGAUAAAUAGAUAUUCUAAUAAUAUACGUACAAAAGUGCUUCAAUAUUCAAACACAAGGUAUUUCGUGACGGUCGGCCCAGAAAAUAAAUGUUCGAACACAUGCAUAAUUCGGAAACUCAUUUCGUGCAGUACUCGAGAUAAUCACACAUCAUAAAAUAAUCCAUUUUGCUAUUGAUUUCUGUUUCCACCAUAAUUUCUCCAAACAAACAGCAGAGAGGAUGUUUGAACCUCAAACGAGGCAAAGAGCAGAAAAGAGAGAUAAUAUCCAAACAAACUAUACCAAAGGCAAUAGAAUAAUUUAAUUAUUGCAGUUCAUUUUCAUUCUGCGUCCAUUUAUUAUUUAAUGAAAAUCUCACAUGGAGGCAGCAAUCGUAAUUUAUUUGAAUAUUUCACUGUUGUUACUCAUUCGUACGUGCCCAUAAACUCUAUGAAACUAUAUUAGAGGACCGAUUUCUCGUCAUCUGUAUAAUAGUUUACAGAAAAAUAAAGCAGUCAUGACCCCAGUGAUGGAAGUUCUAUUUUCACCUUGAGUUGGAUAAGUACAUGAAUUGGUACAAUCAGGCGCUCCUAGUAGUUCAGAAAAUCAAAUUGAUCGAAUACACACACACACAUAUAUACGAAAAUGAGGUAUACGACUCUUGUAGAAUACUGAUAGUAUGGAAAAUAAUAUUUAGAAAUAUUUUCAAUAAACCUGCUACACAUUGUCAUCCAAAUUUCCGUUUGGCAGAUUAAAACUGGUUAUAGUGAAUCAAUACAAUGUGCGAUUGCAUUUAUUGGGAAAUUGAAAGAAGAAUAGGACACUUAAGCGAACUAAUGUGAUUGUUCUGUUGUGUUGCCUGCUAUUUUGGGAAACAGGCAAAUAACAAAAAAGAAACCGAAAAGAUGCAUCAAAAUUUAGAGAGGAAACCGAAAAUACGUAAACAAAACAAGGUGAGUCGAAUAUUUAUAAUUUAUACAAGUCUAAUUCACUGAUGAAAAUAGAAUAUACGUAAGAGGUAAACUCAUGACAUUAGCCUUUAAGGAUUGUGUAAUUACUGAAAAUACAGAUAGUAUGAAAGAUGCAAGUCCCAAAAAUUUUAAGUAACUAGACAGUAAAAAGCAACAACAAAUGAUGAUGAUAACGAUGUACGUAAAAUAUAUAUUUAACCAUAAACGGUAAGGGAUAAACUUCAGCAGUAAGACAUAUAUAAAAUAAAAAAAAUUAUCUCGUUAAAAAGGCAACACAAAUAUGUUAUGAGUACAUGAGAUCCCAAGAUAUUUGAUUAUGAGAUAAUACACUGUAAUAAAAUUUGUAAAUACCAAAUCCUCACAGAAUGGAAAAAUAAUAAACAGAAUGAUAAAAUUAUAAACGA